AUGACUGGGUAUUCUACAGUGGAUAGUUUUGUUCCUGGAGGUUCAACCGCUGCCAUGACGCAACAUCGCCGUACACGGAGCCCCAAGUUGGGUGGAGGAAACGCCUCGAUGAUGAGCAGCAAUAUCAAUCUGCUGAACACCAUUGUGGGCGCCGGAACACUCGCCAUGCCCGGCGCCAUGUCGCAUUUUGGUGUACUAUGGGGAGCGCUGUUAAUUGUGUGGUGCGGCUUGACAUCGGCGUUUGGCUUGUACCUCCAGUCACGAUGCGCACGUUACCUCGAUCGGGGAACUUCGUCCUUCUUUGCGCUCUCGCAGAUCACGUAUCCCAACGCCGCCGUGGUGUUUGAUGCCGCCAUCGCCAUCAAGUGCUUUGGAGUUGGUGUUUCGUACAUGAUCAUCAUCGGAGACCUGAUGCCCGGCGUUGCCGAGGCCUUUGGGAGUGUCGACAGUGGGCUGCCCUUCCUCGCGGACCGGAAGUUCUGGAUAACUGUCUUUUUCUUGGUUUUUAUCAUACCGCUCAGCUUCCCCAAAAAGCUAGACUCGCUCAAGUACACCAGCAUUGUUGCCUUGCUUUCGAUUGGGUACUUGGUCAUUCUGGUCGUGUACCACUUUGGCGCUGAUGAGGUACCAAACAAUCGGGACAUUCGUUGGGUCACCUGGGAGGGCCCAACAGCUGCGCUGAGGAGCCUACCAGUCAUGAUCUUUGCCUACACUUGCCACCAGAAUAUGUUUUCUAUCGUGAACGAGAUCAAGGACAAUUCCCCCGCCAGUAUCGUUGGCGUCAUUGGAUCCAGCAUCGGAUCUGCUGCCUCCAUCUACGUCCUGGUCGCCAUUACCGGCUACCUUACCUUUGGCAACGAGGUCAAGGGCAACAUCGUCAGCAUGUACCCGCCCUCGAUUGCUUCCACCAUCGCCAAGGCCGCUAUUGUCAUUCUCGUCACCUUCAGCAUUCCUCUCCAAAUCCACCCGUGCCGUGCCUCGAUCGACGCGGUACUGCGCUGGCGUCCCGGAAGUUCGCGUCCAUCGGGCGGCGGAACCGGAAGCCAGCCUCUUCUUCCCUCAGGAGGAGCUGCCGGCGGUGGCGCCCUGGAUAGCCACGGGGCACCUGUGGUUGCCAUGUCGGAGCUUCGCUUUGCCCUCAUUACCAGCGUCAUUCUGGUGCUUAGCUAUUUCACCGCGCUCAGCGUCGAGACGCUGGACACUGUGUUGGCCUAUGUCGGUAGCACAGGCUCGACGGCCAUCUCGUUCAUCCUGCCGGGGUUAUUUUACUACAAGAUUAGCGAUCCGGAUAGUAUCUUUCACCAGCGUUUGACCAAGGAGGACGACGAUGCUGAGUAUUCUGCCGAUGACAACGACGACGACGAAGAGAGUGCUGCGGUCACUGGAUCUGGUUUGUUGGACAGUGUUGCCAGCUUGGGGAGCGUGAUCAGCGGACGCGGUGGCAGGAGGAGAUCCAAGAAGUGGAGGUGGGAUUUGGAGCACUUGGAGACGGGGCUGAUUCGCAAGAUGGCUCUGGGUCUUUCGAUUUACGGUGCCUGCGUCAUGGUUGUUUGCCUGGCGAUGAAUGCACUCUUCAGCGCCCAUCAUUAA